GUACCUCCGAAGACUAAACUUAGUAUCAAGAUCCCUGCAAACAAAAAGUUGGUGGUGAAAUUGAGCAAUGCUCGUUCCAUCACUCCCUCCGUUUCACCCGCUGACACCGAAUACAUCAAUCAAGUAUCGCAAGAAAUUCAAAGAAUAUUUUCUUGUCCAGGAUAUGAUGAUGGAUCAUUAGCUCCUAUUAUUUUAAGAUUGGCUUGGCAUUGUUGUGCCACAUAUGAUAAGACCAAUGGAUCCGGAGGAUCCAACGGUGCUACUAUGAGAUUUGUUCCAGAAAUUACCGACGAAGGUAAUACCGGUUUAGAUAUUGCUCGCGGAGCAUUAGAACCAAUAAAACAGAAAUUUCCCAAGAUUACCUAUUCUGAUUUGUGGACACUAGCAGGAAAAUUAGCCAUUGAAGCAAUGGGAGGUCCAACAAUCACUUGGAAAGCAGGUAGAGUUGAUUGCAGAGAUGCUAAGUUUGUACCCCAAAGUGGUAACCUUCCUUUUGGUGAUAAAGAUGCCCAUCACGUCCGAUCAACCUUUGAAAGGAUGGGAUUUAACGAUCAAGAAAUGGUGGCUCUUUUAGGAGCUCAUGCAUUAGGUAGAUGUCACAAACGGUUUAGUGGCUGGGAGGGAAAAUGGACCUCCAACCCUAUUCGCUUUUCUAAUGAUUUUUAUCAAGUGUUGUUAAAUGAAGAAUGGAGUUUAGGCACCGUUCCUGAAACAGGGAGAGAACAAUACUACAAUCAAGACAAAUCAUUAAUUAUGCUAAACACCGAUUUGGAAUUAGUAAGGGAUUCUAAAUUUUUAAUGUGGGUUAAAGCAUAUGCUAGUGAUGAAUCAUUGUUCUUCCAUGAUUUUGCCAAUGCGUUUAGCAAGUUAUUGGAAUUAGGUAUCGAGAGGGAUGAAAAUUAUCAGGUGAUGCCUAAGAAAAAUUACUAA